UUGAAAACAACGAGAACCAAUUUGCUAUUGAUUUGUUCACCAGAAGAAUUGAAUGGAAAUUUGAAUGUUGAAGAAAAUUAUGAAAUCAAAACUGAUUUGGCUGCAAUUCACUCGAAUUUGGAAAACAAUGAACAAAUGCGUCGUAUGCAAGUUCCAAAGAUUGAAUCUGCCCAAAAAUCACAACUCGUGGAUGAAAAUGUGGCUUGGAGUGAGGUUAGCUGGGAAAAAUUGUAAUUGAAUAGAGAACUUUUCAAUAUUUCCAAGGAAAUUGUCUGAAAAUUUGUCCCAAAAAGUCACAUGUACCUCGAAAAUAAAUUGAAAUCUUUCAGUCGUUCGGAAUUCAAGAUGAUGAAGAAAUCGAAAUUCCUCAAACUGUUCUCAACGUUAUUUUUCGGCUAACAGUGAGUUCUCGAUUCUACAAUGCUUUCAAACAAAAACUGGAUUUUUAGAUUGUGCUUGAAUUAUUUUGA